UGGAUGCUCUCCGGUUGCGUUUGGAAGAGAAGGAAACCAUGUUGAACAAAAAGACGAAACAAAUCCAGGAUAUGGCUGAGGAGAAGGGGACACAAGCUGGAGAAAUACAUGACCUCAAGGACAUGCUGGAUGUGAAGGAGCGCAAGGUUAAUGUUCUUCAGAAGAAGAUUGAAAAUCUUCAAGAACAGCUUAGAGAUAAGGAAAAGCAGAUGAGCAGCUUGAAAGAACGAGUCAAGUCCUUGCAGGCUGACACCAGCAACACUGACACUGCCUUGACAACUUUGGAGGAGGCCCUUGCAGAGAAAGAGCGGACAAUUGAACGCUUAAAGGAGCAGCGGGACAGAGAUGAGCGGGAGAAGCAAGAGGAAAUCGAUAACUACAAAAAAGAUCUCAAAGACUUGAAAGAAAAAGUCAGCCUAUUGCAAGGCGACCUCUCAGAGAAAGAGGCGUCACUCUUGGAUCUGAAAGAGCACGCUUCUUCCCUGGCCUCCUCAGGAUUGAAAAAGGACUCACGGCUCAAGACUCUAGAGAUUGCUUUGGAGCAGAAGAAGGAGGAGUGUCUGAAAAUGGAAUCACAGUUGAAAAAGGCACAUGAGGCAACAUUGGAAGCCAGAGCUAGUCCAGAGAUGAGUGACCGAAUACAGCAAUUGGAGAGAGAGAUUACCAGGUACAAAGAUGACUCUAGCAAGGCCCAGGCAGAAGUUGACCGCCUCUUGGAAAUCUUGAAGGAGGUGGAAAAUGAGAAGAAUGACAAAGACAAGAAGAUAGCUGAAUUGGAAAGGCAAGUGAAAGACCAGAAUAAAAAGGUAGCAAAUCUGAAGCACAAGGAGCAGGUGGAAAAAAAGAAGAGUGCACAGAUGCUAGAGGAAGCUCGACGGAGGGAGGACAAUCUCAAUGACAGCUCCCAACAACUGCAGGACAGUCUCCGUAAGAAGGAUGACAGGAUUGAAGAGCUGGAAGAAGCACUAAGAGAAAGUGUACAGAUAACUGCAGAGCGAGAAAUGGUGCUAGCCCAAGAGGAAUCAGCCAGGACCAAUGCUGAAAAACAGCUGUUGAGUGAGAUAUUGCAUGAGACCAGUCAUUUGGGCUUUAAGUGGUUCAAGGUGGAGGAGUUAUUGAUGGCCAUGGAGAAAGUAAAGCAGGAACUAGAGUCCAUGAAAGCAAAGCUGUCCUCCACCCAACAGUCUCUGGCAGAAAAGGAAACUCAUUUGACCAAUCUUCGGGCAGAGAGAAGGAAACACUUAGAGGAAGUUCUGGAGAUGAAGCAAGAAGCCCUAUUGGCUGCCAUUAGUGAAAAAGAUGCCAAUAUAGCUCUUUUGGAGCUUUCAUCCUCUAAGAAAAAGACCCAAGAGGAAGUGGCUGCACUAAAGCGUGAGAAGGAUCGUCUGGUGCAGCAGCUCAAACAGCAGAUUCCUAUUACAGCAGGCACUAAAGAUAAUUUUAUUAAGAGAUUUCCAGUUAUUCAUGGUUGG